CAGCGAGUUGGCAGCCCCGCCAUUGUAUAUGCGUAAUUAACGUUAAUUAGGCAGAGGAAAGAAUUUAGUUUUAUUCGAUCAGCAAUAAAGUGCGGUUGCACACGUCACCGAACAUUUGUUGCCCAACACCGCACUGCGAACUUCAGCUGCAAGUGGAGUGGAAAAACUGCUGAUAACCAGUGAACCCAGAGACAACUAACUAGCCCACACAGCCAACAACAACAAUAGUUGUUAGACAAAGGGUACUAGUACAGUAAACAAAAACAAAAGCAGCGAGAUAAGCCAAGACAAAGCAGAAGAGUUCAACUCGCUCACUCGUUCGCAGAAAUUGAUACAAAUAUUUUGCAGAAACGGCAAAUACGAAAAGAGAAAAACGAAAGCAAAAGAAAAAACAACUGCGGCAGGAAAUCAGAAAGCCGAUUAAUCAUAUCACAUAGUUUUGCAUACGCCCAUUCUGCGGGAUUCGGCUCCACAUCCAACUGGUCAGUGCGGAUUGUGCCAGCGGUGAGUGGAGAUGGCGCGCGAGGACGAGGAACGCAUCGUGGACAAUGAGGAGGUGUCGCGACCGACGGAGGAGGACCAAGUGGUCAGUCGGGCCGGUCGGCGUGACAAUGAACUGAGCCUUCCGUCCGGCGGCUGCUGCAUGCCCUCGAGCACGAGCCACCGGUUCAUGGCUCUGGUGUUCAUGUGCCUGCUGGGAUUCGGCUCCUAUUUCUGUUACGAUGCACCCGGCGCCCUGCAGAACUAUUUCAAGAAAGAUCUUAAUCUGACCUCCGCCCAGUUCACACUCAUCUACUCGAUUUACUCGUGGCCCAAUGUCGUCCUGUGCUUCGUGGGAGGUUUCCUGAUCGAUCGACUGUUUGGCAUUCGACUGGGCACGAUUAUCUACAUGAUGAUCCUGCUGGUGGGUCAGUUGAUCUUUGCCUGCGGCGGCAUUCUGGACGCCUUCUGGAUGAUGAUCCUGGGACGGUUUAUCUUCGGCAUUGGCGCCGAAUCACUGGCGGUGGCCCAGAACAGCUAUGCGGUGCUCUGGUUUAAGGGCAAGGAACUGAACAUGGUAUUCGGCCUGCAGCUGUCGGUUGCCCGAUUCGGCAGCACCGUCAACUUCUGGGUGAUGCAGCCCAUCUAUGAGUAUGUGAGCAAUUUUUACAAGGGACAUACCGCUCUAGGCGUCGUCUUAUUGCUGGCUACCCUCACCUGUGUGAUGUCGAUGACCUGUGCCCUCAUCCUCGGCUGGAUGGACAAGAGGGCCGAGCGGAUUUUGCAGCGUAACAACAACCCGGCUGGACAGAUACCGAAACUCACCGAUGUCUUUUCGUUCAAACCACCCUUUUGGAUGGUAUCCAUCAUUUGCGUCGCCUACUAUGUGGCCAUCUUCCCAUUCAUUGCCCUCGGACAGAAUUUCUUUGUUGAUCGCUUCGGGCUUUCGCCUGCUGAGGCCAACACCGUGGACUCGCUGGUGUAUCUAAUUGCAGCCGUAUCGUCUCCGGUCUUUGGUUUCAUCAUCGACAAACUGGGUAGGAAUGUGACCUGGGUGUUCACAGCGACACUGACCACCAUUGGAGCCCAUGCCCUGCUUACGUUCACCCAGCUGACACCCUAUGUGGGCAUGAUCAUCAUGGGACUGUCGUAUUCCAUGCUGGCCGCAAGCCUGUGGCCUCUGGUGGCUCUCAUCAUUCCGGAAUACCAAUUGGGCACGGCCUACGGCUUCUGCCAAUCGAUACAGAAUCUUGGCUUGGCGGUCAUCACUAUCGUGGCUGGAAUUAUCGUGGAUCACAGCGGCGGCGAGCACAUGUGGCUGCAGUUGUUCUUCAUGGGCUGGCUGACCAUUGCCCUGAUCUCCACCGGCGUCAUCUGGGCCUACAACAACAAGAACCGCGGUAAUCUCAACAUGACACCCCAGCAACGGGCACAGUUCGUCAGCGCCGAGAAUUAUCAGAACUUUGAAUAGAAAGGGGGGGAUACAAAGGCGAACGGCGCCCGCAGAUCGGAUUAUUAUCGGUUAUUUAGUGUAGACAUAAAAGUUACUCUCUGCGGGCAAUGCGCCUUGGUCCGUUCCACGAUGUGAUGAUGAUGUGUGAUGUGCGUCUCGAGUCGCAAAUUGGUAUUUACUAACUGCAAUUGUUUGUCAUCCGACGAUAGGGAUAUACAAUACGCCCUGAUCAGCCAUGAAUCAGUAUUGAUAUGCGAUUCGAGCCCGAUCAGGCCGGUUUAUAUGCUAUUUUACGCUAUGUAUUUUUAGAUCAAUUUAUUAUUAAAGUUAAAGUUACCGCAUGUUUUUGUGUCAACGUUUUACAAAUUAAACCAAACAUUGAGACCACAAUUCCAACUAAAUGUUUAAUUAUCACAAAAAACAUUCAAGACUUGUGCGCCUAGAGCAACGAAUUGCUAUUUAAUUGUAAAUAUGUACUCAAAAUUAUAUCUCAUUCAUACAACUUGGUCGUUUGUUACUAGCAUUCGCACGAGUUCGAAACUGUGUCCUGGUUAAAUACAAAUUAGUUAAAUCUCCGUCAUGAUAACUAUGUUUAUACACAUGCCUUUCUUCAAAUAAAAUGAAUGUAAAUUACGAU